ACAGAUGAUGCUGGAGCCCCCCCCCCCUUCCGACAGGGCUGGGAGCCGGGCUGUGCGGGGCCUGCGCACCAGCCUGGGGCUCUCGCUCUUUGGGGUGGAUCUGAUUGUGGACAAGCAGUCAGGGCGGUGUGCGGCCAUAGACGUCAACACCUUCCCAGGUUACGAGGGUGUCCCGGAGUUCUUCUCAGCCCUCCUGAACCACAUUGAGACGCUGCUGGAGAGCCACGCGCAGGCGGCCAGGGCCAGGGUGCUCAUGGCUGAGUAUUCCCUGCACCAGCGGGCUCCGCACCUGGACACAGCCCAAGGGAGCACCCACGACACCGACCCGAGGGCCCCUUGGAUGGCCAGUUCCCUGGAGGCCCCAGAGGACAGCAGCUUCUUCACCUUUGCCGUCCGGCCUGCCGUGCUGUCCCGGCACUGAGGGGCGCUGUGCUCGCCUGGGUGUCCAAGAGAGCAGGAGGGAUGUUGCCAGUCUCCGCAGGGAAUAGUCCCAAACAGCCAGCAGCCAGACCCAGCAGGAUCUCCCUGGCUCCCAUCACCAGCCCGUGAGAUCAGAGCACUGGCCCUUAUCCUGUGGCAUCCUCAGCCCCUGCAGUGUGGACCAUAUAAUGCGGUCCCUCACUCCCAGCUUGGACCAGGCUAAGGCCUCGGUCCAUGCAACCUAGUAUUGCACCUCGCUUUCUGCAUGGACCGGCUCAGUUCUGGUCCAGAUCAUGCAGCGCUGACCCUCCCUGCCUGGACCAGGCCAGAGCCCCAGGCCAUACAACCUAGUAUUGCACCUCGCUUUGUGCAGGGACCGGCUCAGUUCUGGUCCGUAUCAUGCAGCGCUGACCCGUCCUGCUUGGACCAGGUCAGCUCACCAGUGCGUACAGUCCAGUAGCGCACCACAUUGCCUGGACCGGCUCUGAGCACUGGGAUCUCAUCGGCGCAGACACCAUGGGGCCGUGUAGCUCUGCCUCUUCGCCUCCAGCUCUAGGUAGCCCUUGGCCCUGCCUCAGGGAGCAUGGACUGUCCCCGGGCCAGCAGCAAGAAGGCAAAGCUGUGGUAGCCUCCAGCCCCCCUCCCCCCAUUAAUUCUAAACACACAAAGGGGUUGGCACGCCCAGGGAGGGGGUGCACAAGAGCUUGACGGCCACGCCCAUUCCCGCCCCGGUGUAAGGACGUGGUGCUCUUGGCCACGCCGCAUGCUGGGGCCGAGGGACUGGGCCGUCUCAGCA